AUGGUCCGCAGCAGCACAGAUAAAGCAGUCACCACUGAUGUAUCAGUAUCGGGUUUCUCCCGGCACCGGAUCGGUGGACCCGAGACGGGAGGAGCCUCCGCCGCGCCCCGGCGCCACCCGCGGGACCCCCUGCACGGCGCGGGGGAAGCGGCUGCCGUCGGGCGAGAGGACCGACCCCACCAUACAAGGGGGAGGCAGCAGUAUAGCCGGGAGGGGAGAGGGGCACUGCCGGAAUCCUCCUGGCCCCGCCGCCGCCGCCCCACCGCCGGUAACGGGCCAGGAGAGCGGCCACGCCUCCCCCCCCCGCGGCCAGCGGCCUCGCCCGGCAGCACGGGCCGCGCCGGGGAAGGGGAAACUUCGGGUACGCGGCGGAGCAGGCGCCGUCGAGGGCAACAGGAAGGAGAAGCGGCGCCGCCCGCUCCCCGCCGCCGGGCUCUUACAAGGGCAGCUCCGCACCGCGCUUACGCGGCGGUCGGCAGCUGCCGCUGCGAGGCAGGGGAAAUAAGGGCAGCCCCGGCCCCGCAGCUCCCCGCGGGAAGGCGGAGAAAGCCACCGGCGGGCAGAGACAGCUCCCCUCUUCGCCCGCCGGCGACGGCCCCGCUCCUCUCCCGGCCGCUCACCUUCACGGAUCGGGCCGCGCUGGCGUCCGAACUGGAGCUGCCGCUGCCGCCGCCCUGGGCAUGUUCCGGGAGCGCCCUGAGGAAGCACCGCUUCGUCCGGGCUCAGCCCUUCAACCCCGCCGCUCCUGCCGCCGCCGCCUCGGCCGCUGCCAUCUUGUCCUGGCGGCUGGGAGGGAAGAGCCCCACCUCAGCCCGCUCGGCAGCCCGGGCCUCCGCCUCAUCUUCCCGGGGAGGGACCCAGCCCGCCCCCGGCCGCCGCCUCCUCCCGCCUCCACUGCUGCCCUGCCCGCGGCGGCCUAGCGACGCCCGCCGCCGCCCAUCACCCCGGAGCGGCGGUACAAGGCCUCGGCAAGCGCAGUGGAGGGCGCCUGCUGAUGGCGCCGCACAGAGCCCCGCACCCGGCCGGCGGGGCUCAGCCUGCGGAGCCCUCCCGCUGCCCCUCAGCUCCGCCGCCCGGGCCGGCCCCGCGCCUCAGCGCUGCCGGUAG